AUCAGUGUAUUAGCUCAGUUUACAGCAUCCCAGUAGGACAGGUUGAUUGGUGACCUCAUUGGUAUGAUUUGUUGAAAUAAUGCGCCCCCUAUGGAGCGGAAGUGAAGUUGAUUGGACCUGUUGUCUAUUCCAAAGUGCUGUCUGAAGUUCAACUUUCCCUAGUGCUGAAAUGGGAAUGGCGGUAGCUAACAACAACAAACCAUCAAACCUCAGCCUUUUCCUGCGUAAUGCACAAGUACCAAGUUGUAGUCGACGAUAGAGCUUUUUAAAACGUCGAAAACCGCAGGUAUGGGGUCGGAGUCCGACCGAUCAGCACUUCUGGACUGGGAGGAGGUUUCUGCUGUGGAGCAGCCGUCCUUGGCAACCGAGGUUGCCGAAAUACAUCCACAAGCAACAACAGUGAGUAGCAGGGCACUUGGUGGCAUUGCACCGGGCGGAGGAGGAUGGAGCUCAAGUCCCCAGGAGAUAACAGCGUCCUUCGAGGAAGCCAGUCCAGCUGUCCCAAUGGAGAAGGGUACAAAUGAACGGGUCAACCGAAGGGCUUUGGGUCAACAGAAAAUUGUGACAAGUCGAAGAGAGGCAGACUGGAAUCGAAGAGACCAGGACCAAGUCCUGGCCGUGUUUGUAGUGACAUUUGACACAAGAUCAGGCAAUAUGCUGGAAUGGUGCCUUCCACAAGAUGUUGACCUCGAUGGAGUGGAGUUCAAGUCCAUGGCAAGUGGCUCCCAUAGAAUCUCCAGCGACUUUGUAUAUUUCCGGAAGGACUCUUACUUUGGCCUGGCCUGCUUUGCCAAUUUGCCUGUGGAGAGUGAGCUGGAGAGGGGGGCACGCAUGAAGUCCGUGGGCAUCCUCUCGCCCUCCUAUACUACACUGUACCAUCACAUGACAUUCCUAGAGAACCAGGUCAGGAGCCAGCUGCUGUGCCCAGGAGAGUACUCUGUGCUGGAGUCGUUCUUUGAGCAGCAUAAGGGUGUGCUGCCGGACCGCGCAGCAUGGGGCAGCACAGGGGCCGCCAUGCCCACUCCCAAACACACAAUGACACCUGAGAUGAAGGUCACCCACCCAGCUGGCUGUGUGUCCCAGUUCCUGCAGCUGUUUGGGGAGCAGGUGAUGGUGCUGUGGAAGCUGGCUCUCCUGAGGAGACGCAUCCUCAUCUUCUCCCCACCUCCAGUGGGGGUGGUCUGCUACAGGGUUUACAGUUGCUGUGCCCUGGCUAACGUUCCUUUGCCCGGCGUCACCAGGGGACUACCACCAUUCCGCCCCUUCUUCUACGUUAAUGUCACCGACAUACAGACCCUGGAGACAGAGCUGUCAUAUGUGGCUUGCACGACCGAGAGGGUCUUUGAGGAGAAGAAGCACCUCUUUGAUGUCUACGUGGACAAUCAGACUGUGAUGACGCACAGGGAGAGUCUGAAGCCACUGCUGAAAGUCACCAGUUCGGACCGGGAGAAGUACAAGAGGCUUCAGGAGAAGAGGAAGCGACUGGUUGGGGAUUCCAGCUUCACUGAAGAGGAGCUCUUUAUGUUGUUCUUCUCAGAGUUGAACACUAAGCUCUUCCAGCCUCUGCUGGAGGUGUCUUCCUGUGUGGACCGGACCCUCACAGAGCAGCAUGUUCGCAGGAUGGGACUGGACCCUCAGACGGACCACAAGUUCCUGGUGGACAUACUGGAGACGUACGGCAUCGAUGUUAUGCUCACGCUAGACACCUCCUGUUGCUUUUGAAGUCAGUACAGCUAGUGGAAGAUGACCUUUGAACCGAUGUUGAGACCGUACUGCCCACAAGUUCAAGUUAUUGUAUCUGAAUGAAUUGAACCUGCGAGUAUUGCGGUGGACAGUGGCAAAGUACUCAACAACCUUCAUAACUUCAUCUGGUACAAACAAACCCUGGUACUCUCACACACUGGAAAUAAAGUCUGUGUUUGUGUUAACUACAGUACGAGAUUGACACCACACCUCAGUUAUUGAUAUACAAUUAUUAUUAUAUGGGGAAGCCAUGGCCUUAUGGAGAAGGACAUUGACUCCCUACCACACUCCAUGGCUGAGUUACCCUUGAGCAAGUCACCUAACCUCCAUACUACUACUGGGACUGUAACUAAUACCCUGUAAAAUAACUGUAAGCUUUGGAUAAAAAAGUGUCAGCUAAGUGUAAUGUAAUUAUUACAGGUGGAUAAUUGUUGAGAUCAUUGUCUCACACAUUUAAGCUAGCAAAAACAGCAUCUGAGACCUACACUGGAGUGGAAUGGAAGUCUGUACCUGUCUAAUUGGACAAAGAUUCACUGCACCGACCGACAUGAAUCAAGUAGUGAGGAGACAUCUGAUUCUCAACAGAACCACACUGUUUUUCUUCCCUUUUAAUCUAAUCUUAGAAUACAUUUCUAUAAUAAGUUUGUUAAUAAUAUAAUGAAUCUUUUGUAACUUUUUUCAAUUUGUAUUUUUAUGUGUAUAGUGUGUCCAAUUUAUAUUAGACAGUAAGUUGAAUAAGUGUGUGUGUGCGGGUGUAUGUGUCCCAAAUGGUUUCUACCUGAGCCUCAAUGCAUUUACGGUAUUUAUUGUGCCUUGUUGCAGUCAGGUUCAAGAGACAGAGGAAAAGCUGACAAGUUUGAAAUGGUCAGUGAGGUAAUAAUAAGAGAAAACCAACAGAAACUUUCAGGUGUGCCUUUUCGGAGGCUUCAUUUUGUGUCUUCAGUUGGUGUGUGACUUUGACUUUUGGUCUGUGAGUUUUUAUGGUGAGCGUUGUGAUUUUUAAAAAAAUAUUCAGACUGCUAAAUAAAUUUGAACUUUGAAUUUGUAAA